AUGCAAGAUGAUAUUUAUGAGAAAAAACAAGCUGGAUCACAAUUUUCCCCUAUUAAUACUGUAAUAUUAUUAUCCCGACUAUUAUUAACUAGUGCUCUAUCAUUAGUAUCACAAUUUUCAUCAAAAUCUCUUCUAGCAGCAAUAAGAAACUCUCUAUUAUUUAUAGAAACUAUGUCAAAGUUACAAAUGUGUUUUGGCCAAUCUGCUAAUGUUAAGACUUCAUUUUCAAUAACACAUCAAUCAAAUAAUAUAUUAUUACCAUUACUGCAAUUAUCUCCAAUUUCUAAAUCUGACUUAUCAUUACCAUUACCACAAUUAUUCCUAAUUUCUAUAUCUGACUUAUUAUUAUCUAAUAAAAUUGUAAAAUUACAAAUAUGUCUGGAUGAAAUUAAUCAUCAAUGUUCAAUUACAAAAUCCUUGAAUACACCUACAUAUGAUUAUCUACAUCUCUUAAGUAUAAGCAGAUAUAUAGAAUUAUUGUUAAAUGGUAAAGGUAAAAUAGAUGCUAGUACCUGUAUUGCAAAGAUAAUAUGGAAUAAAAGAAGUUAUUUAGCAAGACACAUUAGAAAAUUGGAUGAUCAUUAUGUUCAAACUAGGAAACUUCUUGUUGAUCAUCAGGGAAAACAUACAAAAUUGAAGAGCUUGAUUAAAAAUAUAGAUUUUUCAGAUGCAUGUCAAGCUUGGUUACACCAACAAAAACCUGAGUCACGCUCUCUAGAAAAAAAAAAUGAAGAUCUUUUAUGUUCAAAACAUCCAGUGCGAUCAAUUAUGGUUUCAGCUUUUCUCUGCCUAUGUCAUGGAUUGUUGCAGCUAUCUGAUAAGCAGAUGAUAGCUAACUCUCAUAUAAAGUAUAAAGAGAUAUUUGUUCUUCGUUCUACACAGUUAGAUGGGUAUUGGAAAUCAGAACACAUGUUAAAACAGCUUGAAGAACAUGCAAUUCCAAUAUUCGAAGUACUUCAUCCUGGUUGUAUUGGUGUUUUUUGUUUUGACCAAUCAACUAAUCAUAAUGCUAUGGCUGAAAAUGCAUUGGUUGCAACAAAAAUAAAUCUUGGUUCAAGAGGAUUGCAACCUAAGAUGUGUAAUGGCUGGUAUUUUGAUGAAGAUGGAGAAAAACAAAUACAAUCAAUGUUAUUUCCAGAUAAUUAUCAUAUAGUAAAAUAUAGAGAACAACCAAAAGGAAUUAAACAAGUACUUACUAAGCAUGGAUUAUGGCCAUUACAAGGUGUUCGUCUACAGCCUGAUUUUUGUGAACAAAAAUCAAUGCUUGAAGAGAGUUAUGUAAAACAGGAGACAAGAAAAUUAUACAAAUAUAGUUAUUUUGAUUUACAACAACAAGUUUUAAGAGCUCUUGUUAAUGUUCCUAUAACAACAAUUCAUCUGAAAGGUAGAACAGCUAAGUGGGCUAUAAACAAAUAUAAGUCACAUCAUCGUUUGUCUGAAAAUAUUGAAAGAAUAAUGGAUUCAGAUAUAGA